AUGUUCCGUCAAGCACUUCUCGUCGCCUUGGGCAUUGCCCAGCUGCCGCUCGCCUUGGCUCAAGUCACUGCUGAUUUCGAGAGUGGCUGGGACCAGACGGCCUGGCCCAUCUACGCACCAGACUGUAACCAGGGCGGAUCGGUGACUCUGGAUAGCACUACCGCUCACGGCGGCAAGAACUCCAUCAAGGUUGCUGGCGCUGGUGGUUACUGCGGUCACGUCUUUUUCGGCACGACAAAGGUGCCCAGCGGUGACGUCUAUGUGAGGGCAUACGUCAAGGCCACUACAGCCCUGACAGACUCUCACGUCUCCUUCAUUACCAUGCCCGACUCGGCUCAGGGCACCAACAAGCACUUGCGCAUUGGCGGCCAGAGCAAGAUCCUCAUGUACAACCGCGAGUCCGAUGAUGCAACUCUGCCCGACCUCUCCCCCAAUGGUAUCGCCACCUCGACGGCCCUGCCCACCGGGUCGUGGCAGUGCUUUGAAUACCACCUGGGCACAGACGGCAGCAUCGAGACAUGGCUCAACGGCAACGCCAUCGCCGGGCUCACAAGCAAGCCGGGCGUCACCAACCCCAAUGCGGCGCAGUGGCAGCGGAGCACCAUUAUUCCCAAGAUCACUGGUGUCUACUUUGGCUGGGAGUCGUACGGCGGCGACACGAAUACCUUUUGGUACGACGACAUUGCCAUUGCCUCGACUCGCGUCGGGUGCGCCAAUGCCACCUCUGCCUAG